AGGACAUCCCAGCCGUGCCCCUUCCGCAUGCGGGAGCAGCGAGGGAGCUGGGUCACCCCGCACCGCCAGCAUGUCCGCCCGCUGCUGCGCCGGCCAGUUGGCCUGUUGCUGUGGUACUGCUGCUUGUUCCUUGUGCUGCAAAUGCUGCCCAAAGAUAAAACAGUCAACCAGCACCCGCUUCAUGUACGCACUUUACUUCAUCCUGGUGACUAUCAUCUGCUGUGUCAUGAUGUCAACAACCGUAGCUAACGAAAUGAAAAUGCACGUAACCUGGCGCUACGUAGGAGCAACAGGAGGGUGCCUUUUCAUUGUCAUUCAGCUCAUCCUGCUGGUUGAGUUCGCACACAAAUGGAAUAAAAAUUGGACUGCAGGUGCAAACCACAAGCAAGUGUGGAGCGGUUUGCUUGCCUUGGUCACUCUCAUCUUGUACUCCAUUGCUGUGGCAGCCCUGGUCCUCAUGGCUCUCUUCUACACUCGCUCAGAGGGCUGCAUGUACAACAAGGUCCUGAUUGGAGUUAACGGGGGCCUGUGCCUCUUUGUGUCACUGGUGGCCAUAUCGCCCUGUGUCCAGAAUCGUCAACCCCACUCUGGUUUGCUGCAGUCAGGAGUUAUCAGCUGCUACGUCAUGUACCUCACUUUCUCAGCACUAUCCAGCAAGCCACCAGAAACUAUCCUGGAUGAAAACCAUCGGAAUAUCACAAUCUGUGUACCUGAAUUCAGUCAAGGCCUGCAUAGAGAUGAAAACCUGGUUACUGGCUUGGGUACUACGAUUUUGUUUGGCUGCAUUUUAUAUUCUUGUUUGACCUCAACAACACGAUCAAGUUCAGAGGCACUGAGAGGAAUAUAUGCAACAGCUGAAACUGAAGUAGCUCGAUGCUGCUUUUGCUGUGUACCUGAUGGAGAUGCUGAUGCUGAAGAUCACAUUGAAAAAAGAGGAGGCCAGACUGUGGUUUAUGAUGAGAAGAAAGGCACAGUGUACAGUUAUGCCUACUUUCACUUUGUUUUCUUCCUGGCUUCGCUCUACGUGAUGAUGACAGUAACUCAUUGGUUCCAUUAUGAAAGUGCUCAGAUUGAAAAAUUCUUCAGUGGAACCUGGUCCAUCUUCUGGAUUAAGAUGGUCUCCUGUUGGGUUUGUGUCUGUCUGUACUUAUGGACUCUUAUUGCUCCACUCUGUUGCCCAACCAGAGAGUUCUCAGUGUGAGCAGUCAAAAGGUCAUUCUAAGUUUUCCUCUGGUUUGGGGUUUGGGGUUUUUUUUCGUGUUUGUUUGGGUUUUUUGGUGGGUUUGUUUUUAUUUUGUUGUUUUGGUUUUUUUUGGAAUGAGGAAACACAUAUCCCAUUUAUCAUAACAUACCAGCUAGUAUCUUUUCAGUCAGACUAAAUGAAUGAUUGAAGACGUUUUUUACCUUUUUUAUUAUCAUGAACAAGCAUUGCCCAAGGGAACAAAUCUGUUCCAGAACUUUAUAAUGCUCGUGUGGUAUGUAGGAAACACAAUUCUUGCAUGAACUGGAAUAAGUGAAGUGCUUUUCAAAUAACUGACAAUCUUUCUCUGGCUUCAUUGACAAGAAAAGCGAAAAUCGUGGUGCAGAUGUAUCUUCUUUCUUCCUGUAAAUGUUGGGUAUCUUCUAGCAAAUAUGCAUUCCUUUUUAUACUUUUUCAUUAACUACAUCUUUUACAGUUUGCAGUGAUGAUUUGGAAUGCUGUUUUGUACAGCAUAUAAUUCUUGUAAGUAGUAUGCAGAUUUUUUUUUCCAAAAACAUAUCUAAAUACUUCAGCAGAAGUAAGAGAAUAUAUAAGAAUUUGACUGCCAAAGCAUCUACUAAAAAUUGUUUAUCAACAUAUUAAAUAUAUUAAGUUAUUGUACACCUAGAUUGAUAAAGGAAUCUACCAAUGAUAGUAUUUAUUCUAUUAUAAUUUUAAAAGGCACCUGGGUAUUAUAUGCAAUUUAUAUCUAGUCCAGUUAUUAACUGGAGGGGAGUCAUACACACAAAUUCUCAUUUUGCCCAAAUUUGCUUUGCCAGAUCAUUUAAAAGUUGAGUGUACUGCAUGGGGAUUUAAGAUACGGUACAUUCUUUAUUCACAAUGUUUGCUGUUGAGAAAAUGCUAAUUACAGGAGCACUGUCAGUUGCUGUUAAAUUUAAAAGUAGGGUGCUUGCUUACGUUUCUACCCUGCUGUUUCAGCUUGUGUCUAAAGAUCUCCCAGGAUCUUCAGUUCUGUUUCCAUGACUAAUUUUAUAAUAUUGGUUGGAAAAGGACUAUAGUGUGUCAUCUUCCUUUUCUCCCUGUGUGUUGGUUGGAAAGUAUUUUUUCUAACUGCUAUAUUUUUAUACUCCUCUGUUGAUAUUAAUUUUGCUGUUGGGAUGGGAGUUAGCCAACCCAUGUUUUAACAGAGACAAAACUUCCUUUGGAGAACUCCUAUUCCAAGCAGUGGAAUCAGAGUAAGCAGUCAUUAAAACAUAAAUAUAACGAGGAACUGCCUUAGUACAAAUGACAAUAUUAAACACUACCUUGUCACCCUUUUUUUGCUCUAAGCAGAUGAUUUGGUGGUAGAACAACAGCUCAAAUGCCCUAAAUGCUGAAUAAGGUUGAACUCACAUAGUUAUCUACAUUCCGGUUGGAUGAAUUUAUGACUUAUGCUAGUCCCAGAGAUUUUGUCUUCUCUCCCUCUACAUAUAUAUAUAUAUAUACAUACACCCCCAUAUAGUGUGAAGUAUGCAGGAUAAAAACAAAAUUAACCAAUUUAGCAGUUUCUCUUUUUUGUUUUUUAAUAUGAUUGAGCCUUAAAUCUUCACCCAAUGCUUUCUGCAAAACAAAGAAAAGCACAGCAUAGGGGCCUAUGAGGUGGCAAAAAGAUUUGCAUGCCUUAGUUCUUCUGUUGCAAUAACUGAUGGCUAAUGUACACCUGGUGAGUAAUCUUAAUAUAGUGCAUCUCAGUUCUGCCCUUGUUUUCAUUACCAUUUUUAGCUACCUUGUUGCUAUGGUGUACCAGAUCUUCUGUCCUGCUUGGAGCAUUCUAGGGGUGCGAUCUUCCCCACCCUGUGCACUGUUGCCUGAAACAAAAUCUACAGAUCUGCAGUCCUGUAUACUUAUACCACCUAGCCCUGUGAUUAGAGUCUCAAAAUACAUCUAUCAUGAGAUCUAAGGGAAGGAGUUUGUCCAGCAGUGACUGUCUCGGUGCUCUUCUCCUUGUUUGCACCAAUAGUUAAAAAAAGGCAGUUAAAUCUUGGCUCUGACAUUAGUCAGAAAAGCAACAAAUAGCUCUGGAGAGGGAGGCAGGUUUUUCCCUUUCCCUUUGCUUCUGCUGGGAGAUUCUGAUCCUGCCAAGAGCUCUGCUAGCAUGGAGACCUGUCAGUAUAUCUCUGUCUGCAUUUGGAGUCUUGCUAUGGAGAUCCUUCUGCAGCAGAAAAAGGCCUUUGUUAAUGCAUUUUCAAUCUAGAAGCAUUUAUCUGUCCCAUCUCUAAGAUAAGAGCUUAUGGGCUGUGUAAUGACAACUAACAGUUGUCCCACCUACCUCAUAGCAGCUAUUCUGAUAAACAAUCUUGAUCCAGUGCUAGAGUUGUGUGCUGCAACUGAGAUAGUCCAGGCUCCUCUUCCUCCUGCCUUGGCUGGUCCCUAGAGGCUUGCAGGAUUUGCCUUCUAGUGCAAUAUCUGUUGUACUAUGAGAAACUGACCUUUUUUUUUUUUAAAUUAGCCAUGUUUUUUGUAAUAGAACAAUCAGGGCAAGGAGUUUUAGAGAAGAAGGCAUGCACUAUGUCAAGUUAUAAGGCACAGAAUGGUAAGUGUUCUCUGGUUCUGAUAGCAGGCAUCCCAGUCACAAAUAUAGAUGAUCUUAAUACAUAUCUUGACCAAUGGAUGUUCUUAAUUAUUUAUGAAAAUUCUUAUUUUAUGUAGUACCUACAUAAGGACUUUCUGCUCCUCCUUGUGCUCUUUUUUUCUAUAGUUUGUCUUUAAGGAAAUAGGUUUUGCACAGAGGAAACAAGACUGUAAACAGAAAGUCCGCAGUGAGGCAUGAGUCGAUUCUUACCCAGCACUCACCUCACCGAGCUUCUCCUUCCUCCUUACCGUCUACCAGCUAUUGAUCUUAAGCAUCUAGAUCUGCAGGUAUACGUAGGGUGAGAAUGGGGCAGUGUCUGAUUACACAGUUUUGUCUGCUACUGAGCAAAUGUUGAGAGAAAAAAACCCCAAAAAUAAUUUUGAGAGCCUGUGUGUCCAGGUUGUUGCCCCAGAUCCAACGAUGGAGUUCCAGGCCUUUCUAAGUAAUUGGUAACUAGUGGACCUGGGUGUGCAAAGCCUCUACUUCCUCAUCAAGGCAAGACUUCCUGCUGGCCAGGCAAAUGUUGCAGCCUUAGCGGUUGCUGUAAAAUCUGUACUGUGAACUUCCAUGUGCAACUACUUAAUAAAAUCCUCAGCUCGGGUCAAGGAUUCAAAUGCCCAGUCCCUAUAUUCCAAACAGUUCAUGCAAAUGAAAUUUUUAAAAAAACCUUUUCAAGAAGUGCCUUCAUACCUACUGCUGUAUGUAGCUAGUAAUUCACGUGGCACUGAAACUGGACUGAGCCUGUGACUGGGUGAUGCUGCCUCAUACAUUACACCAGUGUGUACAAGGCACAGUCAGACCCAUGGUGCAUGUGGAAGACCAAAUAAUCUGUGCUUGACAAACCUUUGGGGAUAAGACUGCUUCGGGUAUUACUGUGCAGUGGAAAAGUAACUGGGAGAACUCACAAGUAGCCUGAUGCUUUUGUAAAUAAACAAGUAGGUUUCGCUUACAUUUAUAUUUAAACUGUAAACAGUUAACUUUCUCUCCCCAUACCUGAAAGUGCAGGUGACUGCUCUUCUUGAGGCGGUUAGCUGCACCAUGUCUAUCCUGCCUUGUGCCACAAUUAUUGGGUGAAUUUGUGUCCAGACGUAAUUGGUGCAGCAUUUCUGGCUCCUAGUGGUUUUGGACUCUGUGAAGAGAGGAAGCUUGCAAAGACAGGAAGACUAGAGAACAUGUCCUGUGCUACAUUUCCUCUAGUUAAAUUUGAACUAAUGCUAUCGUUUAAUAGACUCUCAGAGAAACAGACUGUGUUGGCAGUUGUUCUGCUAGGAAGGUGAAAUGGUUUCACUGGCAUUCUUCUACUGUUUCAAAUUUACCAUGAUAAAGAUUUUUGGGACCUGACUGCUGCACUAUCAUCUGAGACUGGAACAAUUUUAGUUUUUCUCAUGAAG